AUGUUUCAACCCCCUCUCCCUGUCUCUCCCCUCUCUCCCCUGUCUCCCCCUCUCCCUGUCUCUCCCCCAUCUCCCCUUCUCUCCCCCUCCUCCCCUGUCUCCCCCUCUGCCUCCCCUGUCACCCCCCUCUCCCUGUCUUCCUCCCCUCUCGUCUCCCCUGACUCUCCCCCUCUCCCUGUCUCCCCCCUCUCCCCUGUCUCCCCCCUCUCCCCUGUCUCCCCCCUCUCCCCUGUCACCACCCUCUCCCUGCUGUCUUCCCCUCUGCCUACCCUGUCUCCUCCCCCUCUCCCUGUCUCCCCCUCUCCCCUGUCUUCCCCUCCCCCCUCUCCCUGUCUCCCCCUCAUCCUGUCCCCUGUCUCCCCCUCUCCCCUCUCUCCCUGUCUCCCCUGCUCCCUGCUCUCCCCCUGUCUCCCCCUGACCUCCCCCUCUCCCUGUCACCCCUCUCCCCCUGUCUCCCCCUCUCCCCUGUCUCCCCCUCUCCCUGUCUCCCCCUCUCCCUGUCUCCCCCUCUCCCCUGUCUCCCCCUCUCCCCCUGUCUCCCCCUCUCCCCUGUCUCCCCCCUCUCCCUGUCUCCCCCUCUCCCCUGUCUCCCCCUCUCCCCGUCUCCCCUCUCCCCGUCUCCCCCUCUCCCCUGUCACCCCCUCUCCCCUGUCUUCCCCUCUCCCCUGUCUCCCCCUCUCCCCUGUCACCCCCUCUCCUGGUCUUCCCCUCUCCCUGUCUUCCCCCUCUCCCCUGUCUCCCCCCUCUCCCUGUCUCCCCCUCUCCCUGUCACCCCCUCUCCCUGUCUUCCCCUCUCCCCUUUGUCUCCCCCUCUCCCUGUCUCCCCCUCUCCCUGUCUCCCUCCCCUCUCCCCUGUCUCCCCUCCCUCUCCCCUGUCACCCCCUCUCCCUGUCUUCCCCUCUCCCCUGUCUCCCCCUCUCCCUCUCUCUCCCCUCCCUCUCCCCUGUCUCCCCCUCUCCCUGUCUCCCCCUCUCCCCUGUCUCCCCCUCUCCCCUGUCUCCCCCUCUCCCCUGUCACCCCCUCUCCCUGUCUUCCCCUGUCUCCCCCUCUCCCUGUCUCCCCCUCUCCCCUGUCUCCCCCUCUCCCCUGUCGCCCCCUCUCCCCUGUCUCCCCCUCUCCCCUGUCUCCCCCGUCUCCCCUGUCUCCCCCUCUCCCCUGUCACCCCCUCUCCUGUCUUCCCCUCUCCCCUGUCUCCCCCUCUCCCUGUCUCCCCCUCUCCCCUGUCUCCCCCUCUCCCCUGUCGCCCCCUCUCCCCUGUCAUCCCCUCUCCCUGUCUCCCCCGUCUCCCCUGUCACCCCCUCUCCCUGUCUCCCCCUCUCCCCUGUCUCCCCCUCUCCCCUGUUCUCCCCCUCUCCACCGUCUCCCCCGUCUCCACUGAGCCUUUUGUCUGCUGCUCACAACCAGCCGUCACAGAGAACUUCAACAGAUGAUCCAACGACUGUUCAGAAAGAGGUCUCUCCUCAGGCGUGUUCUGUGUCUGACAACAACUGCAUCAUGGGACGUUUCAUUCUUUCUUCUGUAAAGGUCAAGAACUGUUCACAUUAA